AUGUUCUACGACUUGUGGCUAGUGCUAGCAUUGUUGAGCAGCGUCGUGUCGGCGUUGCAGGUGGAAUUGAUCGCACGUGAAAACCCAGAGCCCGUGUGUAUCAGAGACUUUGUUGGCCAGAACCAACUCGUGGUUGUCAACGUGAAAACCGACGGUUUCCAAGGAGACGGCCAGAAAUUGCAGAUGACCGUGUACGACACUCUCGGCAACCAGUUCCACAAGAAGAACGACAUCUCCAAGGAUCUCAGAGUUUCGUUCACUACGCAUGAGGCCGCAGCCAUCGAUAUCUGUCUUACCAACUUCUUGGAUAGAAACAAGAAGCAGAGAACGUACUUGAGCAGACACGUUGAAUUGGACGUGGAGAGCGGAGCUUCUGCCAGAGACUGGAAUGUGAUGCAGACCGAAGAGAAGUUACGUCCUGCUGAGUUGGAGUUGAAGAAAAUCGAGGAAAUGACCAGGGAAAUCGCUGACGAGUUGACGUACUUGAAAGUACGUGAAGAGAGAAUGAGAGACACAAAUGAGAGCACCAACUCGAGGGUCAAGUGGUUCUCAGUACUCAUUAUCUUGCUGUUGGUAGGUUUGGGCGUGUGGCAGAUUCAAUACUUGAGACACUACUUCAAGGUCAAACACAUCAUCUAG